AUAAAUAAGCUCUUUAAAACUAAUAAAAUCCCUGGCGGCCCUUAAAAAAGUGAAAAUCCAAAAACCCAUUAAACGCGUGCUCUCUCUGCGACACAUUUAUCAAACCAAACAAACACAAAACACUGUGUUGGCACCACAUUAUCAGAUCUCAUCUCUUUUGCUUUCAAUGGAUUCUUCUUCUUCUUCUUCUUCGGAGCAAAGAAGGAAAAGAAAGAGAGUGGGAAGGCCGUACUACUACUUUUAUUCACAAGCGCACUACUUCUCGCUUAGAUCUUUCGUUCUUUGCUUGUCCUUUUUGGUCUUCUUGCUAUUCUUGUCCUCCGAUCGUUUCCUGCUCGGUCCGGCGUCGUUUCAUCCUGUUCUCAAAGCCUCCACUUUGCUCUCUUCAACUACUUCUUCUUCUUCUUCAAUUCUUGAUUCUUUCAACAGCAACAACAACCGGUUCUUGCCAAUCCUAGUAAACGACCGCGUUUUGUUCCCCGACCAUGUGCUGCUAAUAGUUUCCAAUCAAGUCCUCCAAGCUCAAGACUUGGACUGCGUUUACUACAGCAAAUUCAACGGCUCUGAUGAUGAAGUGGUUAAAGCUCGGCCGGCUCUGUCUGCUGAGCAAUACGGCGCGUUUCGCUCGAUCGUGAGGUGUCCGGUUCCCGAGGCGAAUUAUUCGGGCGUUGUGGAUUUGAGGAGGCGAGUUGGUGACGUGGCGGAGUCUGAUUGGUCCUUGAGGGUGAAAAGCAAUCAGAGUAGUCAGACGGUGCAUUCGUGGGAGAAGGUGGUUUAUGAGGCGGUUUUGGAUGGGGACACGGCGGUUUUGUUCGUUAAGGGGCUGAAUCUCAGACCGCAUAGAAGAUCCGACCCGACCCGUUUCAGCUGCCAUUUCGGGUUUGGCAAUUGGGGCGGUGAGAAUGAAGGGUUUGUGCUGACGACCGAUGCCGUCACGGCGGCUCAAGAGGUGGUUAGGUGUUUGUUGCCGCGUAGUAUAAAGAACAUGCCUGAGAGAGCUCAGGGAAUUAGGGUUACCGUUAGUCGUUAUAGUAGUAGAGCUAAAGUUCAUGAGCAGCCUAUUGGUUCUGUGGCUAAGAUUUAUGGUCCAAAGGCUGAGGAGGUGAGGAGAGAUAAGAGGAAGUAUGAGCUUUGUGUGUGCACAAUGGUGUGGAACCAAGCUCAGGCGCUAAGGGAGUGGAUUAAGUACCAUGCUUGGCUCGGUGUUGAGAGGUGGUUUAUCUAUGAUAACAAUAGUGAUGAUGGGAUUGAGGAUGUGAUUAAGGAGCUCGAGUUUUACAAUGUUAGUAGGCAGAGUUGGCCGUGGAUUAAGGCACAAGAGGCGGGUUUUUCGCAUUGUGCUUUGAAAGCAAGGGAUGAAUGCAAUUGGGUUGGAUUCUUUGAUGUUGAUGAAUUCUUUUACUUCCCGUAUGGCUUUCGGCAUUUGAAAGGAAAGGGUCUUCCGGGUCAUAAUUAUCUCAAGUCUAUGGUCGCGAAUUUUUCAUCUUCGAAGACAAUUGCAGAGAUCAGAACGGAGUGUCAUAGUUUUGGGCCAUCCGGGUUGAGUUCACCUCCAGAGCAGGGGGUAACUGUUGGGUACACUUGCCGGCUGCAGAGUGCUGAGCGGCACAAAUCUAUUGUGCGUCCGGAUUUGCUCGACAGUUCUCUUCUUAAUGUGGUGCAUCACUUUCUGCUUAGGGAAGGGUUUAGGCACCUGAAUGUGAUUGAAAGGAGGGCUGUUAUAAACCACUACAAAUACCAGGUGUGGGAUACCUUUAAAGCCAAGUUUUACAGAAGGGUUGCCACCUAUGUUGUUGACUGGCAGAAGGACCAGAAUAAAGGGUCAAAAGAUAGAGCACCUGGGUUAGGGACUGAGGCCAUUGAACCUCCAAACUGGCGGCUACGCUUCUGCGAGGUUUGGGAUACUGGCCUGAGGGACUUUGUUCUGGCAUAUUUGGCUGACCCUGUAACCGGGUCACUGCCUUGGCAGAGGACUCUGCUGUGACAAAUACAAGUCGGGUAUGCAGCUUAGGGCAUAUACAACAGAUAUGAGCAGCUACUGAUUCUUUUCAUUGUUUUUACUUUUUGGCCUUUUCAUAGCUUAAUUUUUUCUAUUGUUUUUGUUUUUUAUACAUGUCAUGAAUCAUUAUAGGGAUCACAUACAGUUGUAAAUUUGUGACGACAUAAAAUGAAAGUUUAUCAAUUUUUGCUUCUA